AUGAUCAAGCAACUGUCUAAAUUGGAGAGCCUUUCCAUCAGCAACUGCGAUCGGCUUGAAGAUAUUUUUGAAGAGAAUGAGAUUGAACCUGAGAUGAUCAGAAGUGAUGGUCAUCAGCUCCCAAGGUUGAAGAACUUAUACCUUGGUGAUCUCCCCAAACUAGUCAGUAUUGAUAGGAUUGUGUCAUUGGCUUCCGCCUCAAUAGAGGAAAUCUGGAUUCAGAAAUGCAUUAGUGUAAAAUCUCUUCCUAGUAGCCUGGUCGAUGCACCAAAAUUAAGGAAGAUUGGAGGUAGCAGCAGUGAAUGGUGGGAUGAAGAACUAGAGUGGGAAGAUAAUGCAAUCAAGCAGCGCCUACAAGUUAAAUUGGCUUGCAUGUUGUCAUAG